AUGGACGGUUUGCCUUUUAUACCGGGAUUUCGUUUUAAUGACAUAACAAAACAAUAUUUCAAUUUGAGUCCUCAAUUCCAAUGGAAAAACGGAUAUUCCAUUCCCAAAGUUAAAGCAACGAGUAUAGGAAAGAGUGUACUCGACGUUGACACCGUCUUGUAUGGUGAAAAAUUUGACAUCACUGGUUACGAUCCAACAUUGACAUAUGGAAAAGCCAAAGACGAUCCGAAACCAAUUGAACUACCAAAUUUUGUAAAGUUUGAUAGAAAAUGUCUUUCCUUCAUUGGAUACACCAAAGAUACCGUAGAUAACUCACCACUGGUGACGUUUCGAGUGCGCAAAGUUAAAAUUACAUACUUCUUGGUUGAUGACACUAUUGCCAUCGUGGAAUCCGCUGUUAAGAACGCGGGUUAUGUCCAAGGAUGUGUUCUUAAACGAGGCCAGAUACCGAAUCCGCACCGCGAAGGCAGGUAUUGGCAUUGGUCCGACUUCAAUGUCGGAGAUGAAGUUAGUUUCUACGGAAUCAUUUACAAGUUGUGCGGCUGCGAUCAGUUCACCAGAAAAUAUUUAACGAGCAUGGGUGUGGUGGUGGCUGAUGAUGAACCAGUGAUCGAGGACCCUUACAUCGUAAUUAGACAAAUGACACUGCAACGGGAAACCGAAAAAUCUAAAAUGUCGAGUUUGGCAUCCAACGGUAGAUUUGCCGAGGAAAGGCUCAGAAACUUUUUUAAAUACGACGCGAUGGCACUGAGGUUUUACGCGACCUGGAAUAGUGACAUUUCGGAUUCCACAGAGGAUAAGUACUUCGUAAUCAUUUAUUACCUAACCGACGAUAUGUUAGAAAUUAGCGAAUCAAAAACCAUGGGUAAUAAAUGUGAGCUGAAUCAAUCUGGUAUGUUUUUAAGCAAAAUUAAACUACCUAAAAAUUGGUCAAAUUUACCAUCAAACUUUCCAUCUAUUUAUUUAGAAGCAGGAGUUGAUGAAUAUCAAGAAUAUUAUGGAAUAAAAGAUUUCAUAAUAGGAAAUACAAUAGAUGUAUUGGGUCGUAGAUUUAUACUAUAUGACUGUGAUCCGUUUACUAGAGAUUACUUCAAAGACAUUUUGAAAAUUAUUCAACCUGAACCCAUCCAACCAAUAAAACUAAAUGACAGUAAUUUAACUGUGAAUCAAAUGGCGAUACCACCUCACACUGGUAUUGGUGAUCCAGACGAUACGCGUCAGAAUUGUUUAUCACUUGUACCUAAACCACCGAGAACUUUGGACUUUGUUACGUUCGUGCUGAACGCAAGUAAUAAACUCAGGUAUAAAUUGAAGAUGGUACCUGUGUAUGAAAUAGACAACCUUCGUGAUUUCAUCAUGGAGUUUUGCCUCGGCAACGAUCAAAUGUGUAUAGUUGAAUUAGCUAGUAAAAAUAGUGGAUUUAUUCAAGGACGGUUCAUGUCAGCUUCACGAUUACGGAAACCUGGUACCAGUGUAGAUGAAAAUCAGUUCUAUGGGCCCAAAGAUUUUGCUAUCGGUGCGGAAUUGUAUGCAAAAGGUUUGGUAUUCAUAAUUACCGAGUUGGACUUGUGGUCGUACAAUUAUAUGAAUGAAAACAAAGAUAUGUUUACACAAGAUGCGAUUGAUGGAGCUAAACGGUUUUUGGAGAGCAAAAAUUUGCUAAGCAUUGAAGAAAACGUAGACGUGGACGUGGACGUCUCAUAA